AUGUCUUUGCCAGAAUUGCGGAAGCAGUAUGAGCAGGAGCGCCAGAAACGGCUUCGUCCUGAAGGCAUGAAUCAGUACAUGGACUUCCGGGACCCUGCCAUCGGGGACAAAUUGGGACGCGACCCUUGGGUUAACCACGAUUACGUAGUCGCCAACGGCUCCCCCCUGAAAGACGGCGGGGAGAUAAAGUUUUUGAUUAUAGGUGGCGGUCAUGCGGGUCUCUUGUAUGCCGUCCGCCUACUUGAAGCUGGCUUCAAAGCUGAGGACAUGGUUGUUGUGGACUCGGCCGGCGGAUUUGGCGGGACCUGGUACUGGAAUCGUUAUCCUGGACUGAUGUGUGACGUGGAGGGGUACGUUUAUAUGCCAUUACUGGAGGAGACCGGCUACGUACCAAAGCACAAGUACUCGUACGGGGCCGAAAUCCGUGGGCAAUGCGAAAGAAUAGCCGCAAAGUACAGGCUUCAGGGUCAAUUCUGCACGCAGGUCAAGCACCAACAGUGGGACGACGCAAAGCACCGGUGGAUUGUCAAGAUGACUCAAGACCUCGGCCAUUCCCGAGACCCCGUCCACCUGACCAUCGAGACGCAGUUCUUGAUGUCCGCUGCCGGCUUUCUCACCGUGCCCCACGUUCCGAAACUCCCUGGCUUCCAGGAACUCAUGGCUAACAAGAAGGUAUUCCACUCUGCUCGAUGGGACUGGGAAUACACGGGGGGCAGCCAGGACGAACCAGAUAUGGUAAACCUCAAGGGCAAGAGAGUCGGUAUUAUAGGCACUGGUGCAACUGCUAUUCAAAUCGUUCCAGAGCUUGCGAAGUGGGCGGAUCACCUGUACGUCUUUCAACGCACUCCAACCUACGUGGGCCCACGUAACCAGCGGGAGACGACGCCUGAAGACUGGAAGAAAAUUGCCUAUAAGAAAGGUUGGCAAUACGAAAGGCAGGACAACUUCAAUCACUUCGUCACAAAUGAUCCGGUUCCCGAGAACCUGAUCGACGACGGCUGGACAGCAUCAGACUCCCAUUCGAUUGCUGGCUUCAUCGGUAGUCCAUCCAGGCUUGUCACACCGAAUACGAUCGAGGAACACAUCACCUCAUUGUACCAAAUGGACACAGCGCGAGCGGAGAGGCUGCGCGCUCACGUCGUCGAUGUGGUCAAGGAUGAGACCACUGCGCGGAAGCUGCAGCCGUGGUAUGCGGGCUGGUGUAAAAGACCAGCCUUCCAUGACGACUACUUGGCAAGUUUCAACCGGCCCAACGUCACUCUCGUCGAUACCAAUGGCAGAGGCGUCGACCGGUUCACUGAGUCAGGAAUCAUCGCAAAUGGAACCCCGUAUGAUUUAGACGUCCUAGUCCUGGCCACGGGCUUUUACACUCGCGGAAAAGACCCCUCACCAUCAGGCCAGUCGAAUGCUCCUAUUGUGGGACGGAACGGAGUCGUGGCUAUGAAGAAGUGGGAUUCCCAUGAGUUUGGGACCCUCUUCGGUGCAUGCUCUAACGGGUUUCCCAACGCAUUCUUCGCUAGUCCUGGAGGCGGCGGCAUUUCGUACAACCUAACCUCAGCAUUCGACAUAACGGCAAGAUUUAUGGCUAGCACAAUCGCAACUGCUCACAAACGAGCUGGAGACAUCAACAACCUUGCAAUCGAACUGACUAAACAAGCCGAAGAUAGAUAUACAAAUGAAGUGCAAAAGCGCGCCCUGUGGUUCAGUGUCCUAGAGACCUGUACGCCGGGUUGGUUUACGGGGGAAGCGGAAGGGGCAUUUGAGAAGCAAACGCUCGAGAAGCAGGCAGCCCGUAUGCGGCACGCGGGUUGGGGCUCUGGUAUCCUCGACUUCAAACGAGUGGUAUUGGAAUAUAUUUCUAAAGGCGACCUGGAAGGAUUCGAAUUUAGGGACUAA